GCGUGCUUCUACGCAACGCCUCGCGACUCUACCUCUGUCGCUUCCAGUUUUCAACCUUCCCUUUUCCCGACUCUUCGCUUCCUCCCCGACGCCCUCCCGUGGCCCACAGAGGCGACGCACAUUCCUCGACUACAAGGCCUUAUAGUGCUUUUUAAAAACUGGUUAAUUUCCUCGCUAUCUCGCGUCAUGUAACACAAACCAGUGGUGACCUUGCUAGUGUAGACAAACCCACGCACGGCCUCACACCACCCGAGGGACGGACGUAGGACAGGUGGCAACAAGGGUGGUGGCGAACCUUACCUGUGACGCCCUAAGGUGCUUACCAAACUCACGGCAAACCACCAGCAUGAAGGUGCCUGUGGGUCUGGCCCGGGUGUGAGCGGCUGAGACGGCGAUGUGAAUCCCAUCAGGAGUGAGAGCGUACCCAUGACGUGCCCCUUCAGCAAUGCCCGCGUGCCAGGGGUCGAAGAUGGAGGGAGUGUUGGCGGGAGUGGCGGCGGGCGUGUUGUGGGGGCCGCCGGGGGACGUAUGUGGGAAAGAGGCACCUCCAUUGACACCACCAGCGGAGGAGGGAGCCCUGUCAGACAGCUGGGCAGCGUGCAGGAGAGAGUCAGCUCCUACACCAGGAUGACUCGAUCUCCCUCUGAGCCUGUGGUGGUGCGGCGUAAGACCUCCUCCUCCUCCACCUCCUCCAGGCGCAGUGGUGGGGAUGUACGCAGUCGAUUGAAGCCCCAGCAGGAGGACGGGGAUGACAACACGCCCCUGCUCACCCCGGCACGCGACUCCCCAGACCCCAACCAGCCACUCAGCAUCCAUAACCUGACGGAGGCGGUGUGGUGCUUCAUAACAAUACCGGCUGACCAAGUGCUGCUCUCCCUGGACACUCUCCUACGUUCUGGUGACCUGGAAUGGCGCGCCCUUAGGCGGAAACUGAGCAUAGUGGCGGAGAGUGUACGGGAGUGGGACGACUGGCACCUAGAUGACCUGCUCACCACUCUCAUCACACAGCUUGAAGUCGAUCCAGAGGAGUUUAUGCGGCGUCUUGGGCGGGAGUACGUGCGGGAGUGUCGCCGGCAGUAUGGCAAGGCCCUGCAGUGUCUUGGCUACAACCUGGAGGGCUUCCUCACCAACCUGACAGGCCUGUGUGACAUUAUCAAGACCAACGCCAACCUGAGGACCAAGAAUGACGUGCCGAGCCUCGUCUGCAACCGUCAGGGGGACAAGGUCGUGCUGCACUUCUUCACCAACAGAGAGCCUAUCAGAUACUUCGUGGGCGGCGUCAUUGAGGGUGUGAGUCAACAGAUCUUCUCCAAGGACGUCAGAGUCUCAUGCGACAAGUGCGACACUCCCAACGGCGACCGCACCAAUCACCGGUUCUACUUCAAGUACUCGACGGAGGAAGUUUGUAGCGAGUCGAGUGGUGGUGUUGGUGGGGACAGUGGUGGUGAGGGAAGGACGAGUGCUCAGAACGGCCAGGUUGAGGGUACCAGUGCAGGUGGUGGUGAAGGAGAGGUUCCGUCUCACCCGAAAGUCAUCAAUGCCGCCUCCUCCAACCCCAAAGACUCCAAAAUAAGCGUCAGCAGCUUCUGUAAGGCCUUCCCGUGGCACUUCGUAUGCGACAGGAACAUGAGGAUAACGCAAUUGGGGUCAGGCCUUUUGCAGGUAUUUGGUGAUCAGCCGGUGCGUCAGAAGCAUGAGGUGACUUCGUGCUUCACUCUCACAUCACCGGAGGGCACGAGUCUCACGUAUGAGCAGGUGCUGUUACGCAUCAACACUGCCUUCGUGCUGGCCAUCAAGUACCAAGUCAGCUCCAGACACAAGCUGAAGAACAUGGAAUUCAAAGGACAAAUGGUGGACUGUCCGGAGAGCGACUCCAUUCUAUUCGUAGGAUCACCUCUUCUGGACGGCCUUAGCGCUCUCACCUCCUGCGGGCUCUUCCUCUCUGACAUCUCCAUCCACGACGCCACGAGGGACGUUAUACUCGUCGGGGAGCAAUCCAGAGCUCAGGACGGUCUGAAGCGCAGGAUGGCUCAGCUGAAGGACUCUAUAGAGGAGACGAAUAAUGCCGUUGACAAGGAAAGGGAGAAGAACGUGUCCCUUCUUCAUCUUAUCUUUCCACCUGAUAUUGCGAAGCGGCUUUGGCUGGGUGAAGUGAUCCAGGCAGAGAAACAUGACAAAGUUACCAUGCUGUUCAGUGACAUUGUGGGCUUCACCUCCAUCUGCGCCACCGCCACGCCCAUCAUGGUUAUUAACAUGCUGCAGGACCUCUAUACACAGUUCGACGCUUUCUGUGGCCAGCUGGACGUGUACAAGGUGGAGACUAUUGGAGACGCGUACUGUGUGGCGGGCAACCUCCACCGACGCAGUUCGUGGCACGCCCAUCAGGUGGCGUGGAUGGCGCUUAAGAUGAUGUACUCCUGCACUUCCCACACCACGCAUGACGGCCAGCCUAUCCAGAUGCGCAUAGGCCUACACACGGGGCCGGUGCUGGCAGGGGUGGUGGGGACAGCCAUGCCUCGCUACUGCAUGUUUGGUUCCAAUGUCACUAUCGCCAACCAAUUCGAAUCCACUUCUGAGCCACUUCGAAUCCACAUCAGCCCGACAACUCAUAGGAUUCUCGCAGCGACUCCUGGCUGGUCCUUCACGCCGAGGGACCGAGACUGUUUACCCAAAAACUUCCCCGCAGAGGAACCCGGUAUCCCUUGGUUCCUGGACGCCUAUUACUUCGGGGACCUGCCCUCGAACACGUCGCUCCCUGAUCACAUAGACGCGGCCAUGAGAGCCCUCUCGCUGGAGCCUUCCUGAGGAGUUCCCGGGACGUCUAGGAUUAUGUAGGUGGAGGAAUGACUGGGUGCUGGGAGAAAUAGUGAAGGAUGAAGGAUUUGCAUCGGACGUGUGUGUGUGUGUGUGUGUGUGUGUGUGUGUGUGUGUGUGUGUGUGUGUGUGUGUGUGUGUGUGUUGGUGAAGGGUUCUCGACACGCCCGCCACUGCAGGCCUCCGCACUCUGUGUGUGUGUGUGUGUGUGUGUGUGUGUGUGUGUGUGUGUGUGUGUGUGUGUGUGUGUGUGUGUUUAGACAGCCAAAUAUUUAUAUGUGCAUGUAUUACUAAGCCAGGCGAACAGACAGGCAACUGUGAUCGUGAGGUUAGGUGUGUACUAGGUUUAAAUAAUAGUGUGUGUGUGUGUGUGUGUGUGUGUGUGUGUGUGUGUGUGUGUGUGCGUGUGUGUGUGUGUGUGUGUGUGUGUGUGCAUGUGCGCGAUGGCUAGGCGACGUUGAUAGAAAUAAUGAAAAUCUAAAAACCUAGGAAGAAAAAGUCUAUAUAUAUAAUUAUAUUCUUGUACAUACCGUCGCUCUUAUUCUGAACUAUUUUAAUAUAAUAAUUUGUAUAUUAAAGCCUUUGCUAUGUAGGAUAUACACAAAAUAAUAUAUACACACCUAGAGACAGAAGAAAAAUUAUAUACCAUAGCUGAGUUCAUGUCCAAAAAUAACUGGUAAUUCUUGGAUAUUUCAUGAGAGCCUCUAUAAUAUCUCUCCUUCCUUUUAUUUGAAGCAUCGUGUCGUGGUAUUAGAGUCGCCUCCGCCUCCCCGACCCUCGCCUCGACUUGGCCCUCAGACAGACGCCAUCAAGAGCAUAAUAAAAGCCAAAAUGUCUGUCUUGUGUCUCAGUGCCAGGCGGAGUGCAGACGGGUGAGGAGUUUUGCUUCGUCUCUCUCUCUCUCUCUCUCUCUCUCUCUCUCUCUCUCUCUCUCUCUCUCUCUCAGGCUAUCGUAAGGAAAUGAUUUAUUGCUACCUGUGUUUUCCUUUAUUGGUUUCCAGGGGCCAGUGUUAUUGUGGUUCUCAAGAGGUUACCGGUUUUCUGUUUCUUGUUCUUUUUUUUUUUCGUGUGUGUGUGUGUGUGUGUGUGUGUGUGUGUGUGUGUGAGAGAGAGAGAGAGAGGGGGGGAGGGGUGUUACGUUCAUUGGUGAUCAUAAUUACCGUAUUCGUUGUUGUGUUUCACGUUGUGUUUAUUGGUCUUCGUAUAGAUAGUUUGUAGAAGUAUUUUUGUAUGUUUGUAUGUCUUAUUUAUAAUUCUUCUGCCUCGCGCCUCUUUCUCUCCUUCCAUUUAUUUUUAUUUGUACAUAUAUGACAACACUUCUCGUAGCUUGUACUUAAUUAUACCUGUGUACAUAGUCUGAAAAAACGCACAAUACACAACAACAAUUAAUAUACAAAAGGGAGCUGUAACUCAUUAGCAGUGUAUACAGGAAUUAAAAAGAAAGCAAGAAGGGAACGUAAUAUUGGAUGACAUGUGUUCCUUCUCAGUUCGACUAGUUUUUUUUUCAGCACGUUUAACAAAGGAAAGGAGUUCAUUUAUGUUUUUUUUUUUCGAGUUCAUUACUGUUCAAUCCUUCAUUAUAGUCUGCGCACUUUUUGUCAAUGUUCUCUUCCUAUUAGCAACACAAACGUUAGCUAAUGGUUGGCGUCAGUGAUGAUAUGUUACCUCAUCUGUGUAUAAUUUAGGUUUCUUUUCUCGUCUUGGUGAAGCAUGACGUUACGGUACACUAUUUCCUGUUUGGUUCUUCGUGGGUACCAUCUCCCCACGUAUUGAUGUAUUUCUUCGUGACGCCGAGGGUUCUAUUUUUCACUGUUCAUUGGUUUGUUAGUGUGACGUCGCAGCUUCAUUGACUCCUGCGCUCUUAGUUACUGUUUGUUUUGCAGUUUGAAGUCAAAUUCUGAAACGUUUUGCCGCUAUGCUUAGAAUCCCACUUCUUUUAGUAUGUUCUUAUGGAAGUUUUAAUUGUUUUCAAGGAUAUUUUUAAGCUACACUACUUUUUUGCUCCACUUUUACGUACGAGAACCUCACUGGUCAUUUUUGUGGUUUUUAAAGUAAUGUUUAUGAGAUCUAAGAGUAUCAAAGUGCGUUCCAAAGUCUCUUAAUAUCUCCUCAUUGGUUGUGAGGUCACGUGACGUCAUGCUGUGCUUUCUUUCUUACUGGUAGCUCAGAGUUAAAUUUUCAGGACGUCAUGCUUUAGUCUCAUCCUCAUUGGUCGUUGUCUGAUGAGUUUCCGUGACGUCACACUUUCCUCUCAUCUCAUUGGUAGUUUCCUCAUUGGUUUCCGCGUCGUUCGCCUCCACGUUCUCAUUACUCAUUGGUUGCCUGUGAUGUAAAGGUGAUGGGAAGCAUGAGUAACGAUGCUAGCACUCUUGUCAAUAAUCACCUUCAUGGUAACAAUACACUACCUUAAGAAUAGUUGAUACAUAAGCCAUAGCUGUGAACCAAGUAUUUAUUUUUGUUUCCGUUGCUGUUGAAUCAUUACUAGAGGAUAUAAACACGAGAUUAGCUUUAUUUGUCACCAAAGUAUGACUAUUUAUUGCCCCUCCACUGGCUGGCAUGUAUAUGUAUAAUAAUAUUUUUUAAUAAUGGUGCUUUUUUAGGGCAUAAAACAACUCUGAAAGCUGAAAAAAAGGAGUUUCGCCACAACUUUCAACAGCUGUAGGAGCGAUGCACGUCCCUGGACACAACAAUGGUAGGCCAAAUUUCACUUUAUUCUUACUAGUCGACAAACCAAAACAAAACUGACAAAACUCCUGAUGCAUUCACCGACCAUAACACUCACUCGCUGUACCUGGUGGUGAUGCUGCUCAUUCUCUCAGUGGGUAGUGAACAAGUGUGUGUAUAUACUACAUUAACCAAACCCCCCCUGCCCAUCAACCCCAGUCCAGGUCAGUCCCCACGUCCCCCAGUACACACCACCACCACAUUACUACCACCACCAUUAUACCACAGUCUCCGUUCUUCAAGAGUGUGGGAAGCCUGUAGUCACGUAAUUAGCUUCCUGGUGUGUGUCACGUUCCGGCAACACCUUCUAGUCAUUAUGUGCGUCUCGUGUAGCAGCUUCUACAGAGUCUACAGAAGCCAUUGCCUCUAUUCCGGUCCUUCGGGCAGCUUCACCCGUAGAGAGAGUGUCGAAAUAUUGUAAAAAGUUAACUCAUUAAAUAAAAGGAUGCUAAGUUUUAAAGAAUGCCGUGUUAUAAUGAAAGGGUUAGAUCCUGUGUUCACCUUGGCCUCGCGGAAAUUGUUAGAUUUACAUUCGCUGGUGCGUUUAAAGUAAUUUCCCUUGUGAUUAUUUAAGCUCGUCAGAUUUUUUUUUACUUCUGUUUUUUCUUUUUUUUUUUUACUUCUACUCUUCCUCUUCCUUCCCCUCCUUCUCCUCCUCCCCCAUCACUUCCUCUUCCGCCACACACAGACAAAAGCACCGUACUUACAACACAGCGACAGAAGCGAGGCCAAGAUGGAGCUCAAGAUCAAGCCUUACGUCUACUUUUCUACGUGUAUGUUGUUCCUCUUCCUCCCCCAACCAGGAUAUGCUUCAAUUACUCAAACCCACCCCCUCCCCGUGGCCCCUCGACCCGCCACUCUCCCUUCCUUGGCACGUUUGUCAGUCAGUCUGUCUCCCAGCCACUCUCACCUCCCCUGAUGUAUAUUCUUUCUCCCACCAAUCCACGUCCAUCCCUCUCCACCCUGACCUAAUCGUUUAUUCUACCCUUCUCGUCCCUCCUUAUACUCCUCUUUCCCUCUAUUUCCUCCUCAUUUCCUUCGUCUACGCCUCAUUUCCACUCCCUCACUACUCCCUCAUCCUCCCCUCUCCUUCUUCGCCCCCUCACGUCUACCCGCCUCAGAUUCUUGUACUUUCAUGAGGUCAAAACGACGAAAUUUUAUCUUGUUCCCAACUCGCUUCACGAAUUCGUUCAAGGAAAGGAGGAGGAGGAGGAGGAGGAGGAGGAGGAGAAGUGGAGCGGAGGAGGAGUAGGAGGAAGAGAAGGGGAAAGUUAAUGUAUCAUAAUGUAAAAUAUGCCGCUGGAAUCAAUGUUUCACUUGUA